AUGCUCAAGAUCGUGAGAGAUGUUAGAAUCAAUAGCAAAGCCGCAAAGUUUUAUAAAUUUAACAAAUCCAACAGUAACAGGUUAUAUGCAACAAACAAAGAGAUCGUGUCAUCCGCAGAUGUGGUCGUAAUAGGUGGAGGAAUUGCUGGUUGUAACACUUUGUAUCAAUUGACAAAGAGAGGUGUUAACGCUGUUUUGUUGGAUAGAGCUAAGAUUACAAGCGGUACAACAUGGCACACGGCAGGACUGGUAUGGUCACUGCGUCCUUGCGAUUUAGAAGUGAGGUUGCUACGAGAUUCGAGGACAGUUUACAGCAAUUUAGAGAAGGAAACAGGCGAUUAUGCUGGUUGGAUCAACAAUGGAGGGAUGUUCAUUUCUCGCAGCAAGGUGCGAACACAAGAGUAUUUGAGAUUGCACACUUUGGGUAAAGCAAUGGGCAUACCAAGCCAAGUUUUGAAUCCCGAUGAAGCGAAAAAUUUAUUCCCAUUGUUGGACCCGUCGGUUUUUAAAAUGGCUUUGUACUCCCCAGAAGAUGGAACUAUUGACCCUGCUAUGGCAUGCAGUGCUUUAGUGAAGGCUGCAACUAAAAAUGGUGGAAAGAUAUACGAAGAUUGUCCAGUGCUAGACAUACAUUACGCGCACAACUUUCUGGGCAAUAAAGAGGUGACUGCCGUACACACUGAUAAAGGAGUUAUCAAAACUAAAUGUGUUGUCAACUGCGGGGGUGCGUGGGGCCCUCGCGUCGCUAGAUUUGCCGGCAUACCAUCGCUGCCGAUAGUGCCGUUUAAGCAUGCAUACGUUGUAUGCGAUGCUACACCAGAAGUGCGCGGUGGUCCGAACAUUAGAGACCACGACGUCAACUUGUAUAUUAAAGUCCAAGGAGAGUCGUGCCACGUUGGAGGGUACGAGGCAAAUCCACAUAUGUUGGACCAGGUUCCUGAUAACUUGCAGUUCCACCUGUACGACUUAGAUUGGGACGUGUUUGGCGUGCACAUGAACAGUGCGACCACUUUGUGUCCCAAGCUGGCCACGGUGGGCGUCAAGAGCACAGUUUGUGGACCGGAAUCCUUCACGCCGGACCACAAACCUCUACUGGGCGAAGAUCCCAACGUCUUCGGUUUAUAUCACAACUGCGGUUACAAUUCCGCUGGCAUGAUGUUUUCGGCUGGCUCCGCCAUACAAAUGGCGGAGUGGAUUAUAACUGGACGGCCGAGCUACAACAUGUUCGCGUUCGACGUGCGCCGCUUCACGCCCGCGCAGCUGUCGCGGCCGCACUGGGUGCGCGAGGCCAGCCACGAGUCGUACGUGCGCAACUACGGCGUGGUGUUCCCGCACGACGAGCGGCUCGCCGGCCGCGACGCGAGCCACGACGCGCUGCACCAGGAGCUGGUCGACGCCGGCGCGGUGAUGCAGACGAGGGCGGGCUGGGAGCGGCCCGGGUUCUACGUGCCCGGCGAGAAGAUUCGCGUACAACAAUACGAUUGGGGCGGCACAAACGACUAUCCGCGUAACCUGGACCAACGCUACGAGGAGGUUCUAAAAGGCGACUACACUUUCGACUUUUCGAAACACCAUGACCUGAUCGGAAGGGAGGCUUUGGCCUGUAGGAAUGCAGCGGCCUUGUUUAACAUGUCGUAUUACGGCAAAUUUUACUUGACCGGGCCCGACGCGCAACGCACUGCCGAGUUGGCGUUUACCGCGGACUUAAGAAAGAAUGAUGAUAGGGUCGUCUAUUCACUUCUGCUCAACGAUAAAGGCGGGGUUGAGGGGGAUGUAACUGUCAGCAUUCUAGAUGGUGGCACCGGACAGCUGCACGGACCUAUUUUCAAAGGUCGCGGCUACUAUGUGGUGUCGAGUGGCUUCAGCGCGAUGCACACGCUAGCGCAACUCCGAAAAGUAAUACAAACACACAAACUCAGAGCCAAUAUAACCGAUGUUUCGAAGCAACUUUGCAUUCUAAGUGUGCAAGGACCCGACAGUCAGCGGAUCUUGCAGCGCUACACUGACGCCGGCCUUUCGAAUGACGCUUUCCCGGUGAACACACACCGCAACAUACACGUGUCGCGGACGCCUUAUUCCGUAGAAAAUAAGACGUACACUUGCCGAGCGCUCAGAGUCGGCUGGGCGGGCGAACUGGGAUGGGAGCUGCACGUCCCUUCUGCGAACGCCGUGCAAGUUUACAAGGCGCUGAGCGCCGCAAAGGGACUAAAGAGCGCCGGAUGGAGGGCAUUGACCUCUUUGAGCGCGGAAAAAGGUUAUCAUUUAUGGAAUUCCGACUUACGGUCGGACGACAAUCCAAUAGAAGCAAACUUAGGAUUUGCAUGCAGGAAGGACGGCGAAUAUAUUGGUAAUGAGCAUGUAUCGAAAGCAAAACGAAAUGGGGUCACUAAGAAAUACGCUUUCUUUACUCUCGAUGAUAAGGUGGCAGUUUUCGGUCAAGAGGCGAUCUUUAGGAACGGCGAACCAGUCGGAUACUUGAGGAGAGGCGACUACGCAUAUUACCUCGACAAGUCCAUCGGUAUAGGAUAUGUAAGCAACAACGGCUCGGCAGUGACAAAGAGUUACUUAAACGAAGGCGCCUACGAAAUUGAGGUCAUGGGUAGGAAACACAAGGCGAACCUCCAUUUAAAAUCGCCGUUUGAUCCGACCGGUCAAAGAAUACUUGGAAACUACGGCGAGCAGGGAAUGGACGAAAACGCGCACGAACCGCAUGCUGGACAAAAUGCGAGAGAUGGCGGCAGUGAA